UCACUGAUGAACCCAAUUUGCCAUUAGCUCAGUUAUAUGGCACCUUAUAUAUAGCAGUCUCAAUCCCAUUAUCAUAAUAUACACCAUAAUUUAGGUCUCUAAAACCACUCUUUAUUUGGAAGGGUUUAAAGUUUCCCAUCCUAUCUUAGAAAUGGAUAUCAGCAUGGAAAUGACAAAGCAGCCUUCUGAGUUCAACCAAACCAUACUGGAGAAUUUUAAUGUUGCAGACUUCUCCCUAGAAACCUCGUUGGCCCACCAGCAACCUGAUUUUUUGCCAAUGGCACCAUGCUUUAUUCAUAACAACCUGUCAAGUACUUUGCACAGCAGCUGCAGCCUUUCUGCAUCACCAGCUCUCCAGUCCAUCAUUGCAGAUGACAAUGUUUUACUUGGAAGCAACAAGAGAAAAGCAGUGGAGCAGUCUACAAGUUGCUUCCACAACAUUUCUCCUGCAGUUUCUACAUCUGAAUUUGGAGGAAAUACCAGUAGCAGAAAAAGGAAUAGAACAGAAAAGGGGAGAAGAGGAAGGAGCGAUGAGAACAAUCCAGAGAAACCAGAUGAAGUAGUUCAUGUUAGAGCAAAGAGAGGCCAGGCUACUGAUAACCACAGUUUAGCAGAAAGGGUAAGAAGAACGAAAAUCAAUGAGAAAAUGAGGUGUUUGAAAGACAUUGUUCCUGGAUGCCACAAGACAAAAGGCAUGGCCGUUAUGCUAGAUGAGAUAAUCAACUAUGUGCAUUCAUUGCAAAAUCAAGUUGAGUUUCUCUCGAUGGAGCUAGCUGCAGCGUGUUCCUCUUAUGGCUUGAAGGCAGAGGGGACAAGUACACAGGUGGCACAAGGGAUGGAGAAAUGGGAAAGAGAUAGAUAUGGAGAGCAGACUUCCUUCCAAUCGACAUGGCCACUUUGAAUGCACUUUUGGCCCCUAGCCCUUGUUCCUAUAAAGAACAAGAAUAUGCUUCCAACCUCUCUUUACUGAAAAUCAAAUCUGUUUUCAGAUAAGAAGCAAAGUGUGUCUGAACGUCAAAUCUGUUUCUUGGUACCUUCCAGAUGUCCUGAUUACAUUGUCACUAGUUCUUUUCAUAGAAGGUUGAGAAUUAGGAUUCAAAGUAAUAAGAAAGUUUGUCUUUCUAUUUUUUGUUUCAAAUUCAAAUAUGUUGUCUGUAGCAUCCUAUGAUUGCAGAAUCAUAUCCAUUUUUGUGAUGCAUUUAAAUUUAUUAUGAUUAAAAACCUUUCACUAGUCCAUCUAAUAACCCUGUCAUGCUCAUUUAGCAAGACAGUAUGCCCUAUUGGUUUCUGAGCGUGAAGAAGAAAGAUUUCUGAACUUCGGUGUAAAUAUAAAUCACCUAAUCUAGU